AUGGAGUCCGCGAAACUAGUAUCCCUCUUAAGAACAUGCAUCACUUGCAAGUCUGUGACAGCAGCCAAGCUCAUCCACCAGAAGAUACUCACCCAAGGCCUCCAAAACAACACCCUCCUCUCCAAAACCCUCAUCGACUUGUACUUCUCUUGCCACUUAUACCCUGCUGCAAAGCUUGUUUUCCACUCCAUCCCAAACCCAUCCACCAUUUCCCUCUGGAAUUCUCUCAUGACGGCCUACACCAACCACCAUAUGUUCAUUGACGCUCUUGAGCUCUAUGACAAGUUACUGCGCUGCCCCUAUCUGGGUCCCGAUAGUUACACCUACCCAAGUGUUCUCAAGGCCUGUGCUGCAUUGGGUAGAGUCGGUAUUGGAAGGAUGAUCCAUAACCAUUUGGUGAAGACUGGUUUCGUAUCGGAUAUCGUUGUGGCCAGCUCGCUUGUGGGAAUGUACGCGAAAUGCAGUGUGUUUGGUUGUGCAAUCCAGCUGUUUGAUGAAAUGCCUCAAAGAGAUGUGGCGUGUUGGAAUGCUGUCAUUUCUUGUUAUUAUCAAGAUGGGCAAACUGACAAGGCAAUGGAGAUGUAUGACAAGAUGACGACUUCCGGGUUUGAGCCUAAUGUAGUAACGAUUACCACUGUAAUUUCAUCAUGUGCAAGACUUCUGGAUUUGGAGAGGGGCAGGGAGAUUCAUAAGGCGUUGAUUCAAAAUCGAGUCGAUUUGGAUUGCUUUGCUAGUUCUGCUCUGGUGGACAUGUAUGGGAAAUGUGGAUGUUUAGAUAUGGCAAAAGAGGUCUUCGAACAAGUCCCCAGAAAGAAUGUCAUUGCUUGGAAUUCUAUGAUUGCAGCCUAUAGUGUAACAGGUGACAGUAAAUCUUGUGUUGGUCUUUUAAGAAGGAUGAUAGAUGAAGGAACUAGUCCUUCUUUGAUUACUUUUAGCAGCAUUUUGUUGGCUUGUUCAAGAUCGCUCCAACUUCAACACGGAAAAUUCAUGCAUGGAUAUAUGAUAAGGAACUGCGUAGAGGCUGAUAUCUAUAUUUACAGCUUGCUUAUUGAUCUCUACUUCGAGUGUGGAAGUAUCUCGUCUGCUGAAAAUGUAUUUGAAAAGAUGCCCAAGACAAAUGUGGUUUCUUGGAAUGUUAUGAUUUCUGGAUUUGUGAAAGCGGGCAAUUAUUUCGGGGCUUUAGGUAUAUAUGAUGAGAUGAUAGAAGCUGGUGUAAGGCCAAACGACAUCACAGUAACUAGUAUCUUAUCGGCUUGUUCACAGCUAACAGCACUGGAAAAGGGUAAGGAGAUUCACAGAACUCUUGUUGAUAGUGAGUUGGAAACCAAUGAAAUAGUCAUGGGGUCUCUCCUUGACAUGUAUGCUAAAUGUGGUGCCGUGGAUGAAGCACUUAAUGUUUUCAAUAAGUUACCUAGUAGAGAUCUUGUGUCAUGGACCUCUAUGAUCGCGGCUUAUGGGUCUCAUGGUCAGGCUAAAGAGGCUUUAAAGCUUUUCGAUGAAAUGCAACAGUCCAAUGCAAAACCAGAUGGAGUUACUCUUCUUGCAGUGCUAUCCGCUUGUAGCCACGUUGGACUUGUCGAUGAAGGUUGGCAUUAUUUCAAUCAAAUGAUCAGUAAAUAUGGGAUUGAACCGAGAAUAGAACAUUACUCUUGCUUAAUAGAUCUUCUUGGACGUGCUGGUAGGUUGAACGAAGCUUACCAAAUCAUCCAAAGAACUCCACAAAUUAGGGAGGAUGUUCAGUUGUUAAGUACACUAUUGUCUGCAUGUCUUUUGUAUAGAGAUCAUGAUUUGGGUCUAAAUAUUGCAAGAUUGCUAGUUGAGAAGAAUCCUGAUGAUCAUUCAACAUACAUUAUGUUAUCACAUAGUCUUGCUUCUGGAAACAAAUGGAAUGAGAUGCGGAAGGUUAGACUAAAGAUGAAAGAACUGGGAUUAAGGAAAAAUCCUGGGUGUAGCUGGAUCGAGGUUAACAGGAGGAUCCAGUAUUUCUUUGUUCAAGACAAGUCCCACCCAGAAUCUGAAAUGGUCUAUCAGUGUCUCAAACUUCUCAAGACUCAUAUGGAUGGAGAUGAGUUAGUUUCACACUGGGGAUCAGCAAUAAUCCAUACUAUUUAGAAGCAUUUACUUGAAUUUGAGCUCAGGGUAGGAUUUGGAGAUUACGAAUCAGUAGAUGGCAGUGGUUAGUUAUGAGAAUUGAUGUGAAUUGGGGUGGAGUGUAGCAAUUAGAUGCAUCUUGGCCUUUCGGGUUUUGUGAGGAGAAGAAAUGUCGCAAACGGAUAGGAUGGUUUCUGAUCUUAGCAGGACCACCUUGUGGAAAGACGCAUUGAGCAGGUAUUAUAUACUAUGACCAAGUUUCGGUUUUUUCUGGAUUUAGAUUCUUUAAAGUGUUGUUUAAUGAAUUUAGCUUCAAGUUUAUAUGCUUAGGUUAUAGUGAUUUCU